UGAUUAGUUGUAAUAAAGUCUUUAAGACAACAAGAAGGUUUCUGUUUUUUCUUUGUUUUGUUAGAUUCAUUCACAAUAAAUAUCAAGACGUGACAAUUUUACAAAUCAUAAUAAUUCAAAUGCUAAAUCAAUAAAGAAUUUCAUAUAAAAAAAAAAUAUUUAAGAUGACUGAUAAAACCUACCAGAAAGGUCCCAUUCUUGGGGUCCGGCACAUUCAAGCUCUGAUGCUUUUUCUAUGUUUUGUUGUCAACUUUAUCGAUAGACUUAAAACAGCUGUAACUGUCGUUGCAAUGACCAGUGCAGAGACAACAAACCCAGCAUUUCCUGAAUACGAUUGGGGCAAGCGAGAGAAAUCAUACAUUCAAAGCAGCUUCUAUUGGGGUCUAAUUCUAACACAAGUUCCGGGAAGCUUUCUAUGUCACAAGUUCGGUGCCAAAAUAACAAUGUUCGUGUCUACUUUUGGGUCAGCAGUUUUAAACUUGAUUACACCAGCUUGCAUACCUUGGGGCGGAUGGCAGAUAUUCGCCGCCAUCACCAUGAUUCAGGGAAUGUUUCAAGGAUUUUUCACACCUUGCAUUCAUGAGCACAUAGCCAAAUGGUCACCGAUUGAAGAACGCAAUCGUUUAGGAGCAUUUGCCCAUACCGGAAUUGAAAUGGGAACAAUUAUUGCUAUGGGAAUGCCUGGAUUUAUUGCUCAGUCGGCCAUGGGUUGGCCGGGUAUAUCAUACGUUUCGGGUGGAAUUAGCUUAGCUUGGUGUGUUUUGUGGAGUAUUUUUGCAGAUAAUAAUCCCAGUAUUUCGAGGUUUAUCACUUCUGAAGAGAAGAAUUUUAUUCUCUCUUCACAACAAAAGAUCGAUCAUGAACAGAAGAAAAUACCAAUACCCUGGAAGGCUUUGUUAACUUCAGCACCAUUUUUUGCCCUAGUAGUAGCUCAAAGUGCUCAAGCUUGGGGUUUUAAGACAAUUCAAGGCGAAAUACCAUCUUAUUUGCAUGGUGUUUUACGAAUGGAUCUGAAGAGUAAUUCGGUCUUUUCGGCUCUUCCGUAUUUGGUAAUGUUUGUCAUGACUUAUAUUUACCUCGUUGCUGCUGAUAUUUUGAUGAAAAAGUUUGGCAUGCCUUUGACAACACUUCGAAGGACUAUCAAUUCAAUUUCGAUGUGGAUUCCAGCAGCUCUUCUAAUUGGAGUUGGAUUUUUGGGUGAAAGUCAGAAAACUCUUGCCGUAACGCUUAUGACUGUCACGGUUGGAAUUAAUGGAGGAGAUACUAUUGGAGCUGCUUUAAAUGCCAUCGACUUGUCUCCAAAUCAUGCAGCUACACUUAUUGGAAUUAUCAAUACUGCUAUGAGUGCGGUGUACAUGGUGACGCCACUGGUUGUGGGGGUAAUUGUUGGUGAUGGGACUGAAAGAAAAGAAUGGCAAAUUGUCUUCUUGAUAACCGCUUUGGUUUUAUUUUUUGGAAAUUUAUUGUACAUUUUCCUGGGAACAACUGAUACCCAACCUUGGGAUCAUGAAGAAUUUUUAGUGAACAAAACAGAUCUUAGCUGUGAUCAGAAAAGUACCGAAACGUAUAAGAAAUCAGAUGAUGAAGGAAUUCUUGAAACCAAAAUACCUAUUGAAGACAGUGUUUCACCAAAAUGAUGAUGUAGAAUAGGGUUGCCAUUUACCUAAUAAUGUGUUUUUUGUAAAUAAUAAUGAUGUAAGAAAAAAGAAUUUAAUAUUUUAAGCAUUAAAAAAAUACUCGAUAUACCUACAGAAACAUCACAAAUGUCCUCGUGAGGCUAUUAUUAAUAAAAAAUAAAGAAGCUUUUAUGUGAUUAAAUAAAUAACAG